AGGCUGCACUGUUACUUUCCUCUUGUCUAACGCUAUCCUUUGUUUCUAUAUAAAUAUCCUCAGUAUGUGAUUUAUUAUGGAAAAAUAAUAAUAUAUUAUGAUAUAUAUGCGCAACUCAAUGCUCUUCUCUUUGCUCUUCUCCUGUCAUUUAGAGCGUGUUGUCUAGGGUGAAGCCAUUAUGAUUGAUAUUACAAAUAGGAAGGUUUUAGACUAAUUUAUGGCAUUUGUUUCAAGUUUGAUGGAUAACUAUACUUGGACCUUGCUUGCCAUGGUAAAGUUAGUUGGCAAAGUUAACAUACAAAGGACAUACCAAAAGUCAACAAAAUUGUCUUCAAACUCUCGGAUAACGGACGUUGCAACUUCCUGGUCCCAGCCAACGCUUUGUUUAUCUCUGCUUGCAGCUUGGGUGGGCCGCAUUAAAGGAAGACUGGAAGAUUUUUUAACCUGGGUCCGUGGUAACAUUAGUUUGCCAGCUAAAAUGCAGAUUGGUUAUUUUGGCUGUUGGACCAAACCAAAAGAUGACUCAUGUUGUCAGAAGCCUGGGGAUGAACAAAAAACUAAAUCCAAGUGCUGAAACAUUUAUUUACCAAGGGUGGUGAGCCAGGAGCAGGGCAAUGACAUCUACUGAUAUCCCCAAAAAAUGGGUCAUCAUUUUUCUUCUAUCUUUGUUUUUGCUUGUAUUCUACAUAAGCAAGAUUGAAUGGACAAAGACUUCAGAUUUACCUCAGAAAUCACCAGCUGUCCACUCUGCAAGGGAAAACAGUACUAAUGAAAAAGAUACCAUUCUCCUCAUCUGGUUUUGGCCUUUCAACAGAAAAUUUGACCUGAACGCUUGUGAAUCAGAAUUUCAUAUCAAAGACUGCCAACUCACCGAUGACAGACGUCUGUACUCCAGCGCUGACGGAGUGCUCAUCCACCACAGAGAUAUUGCCAGGGAUCUGUCAAAUUUACCCAAACUGCCACGCCCAUACUUCCAAAAAUGGAUAUGGAUGCUCUUUGAGUCUCCUCAGAAUUCGCAAAGAGUUCCAGGGCUGGACAACCUGUUCAACGUCACGAUGAACUACCGGCAGGAUGCUGACAUUGUCGUGCGUGAGCAGCUGGAGCUAAAACCCCAAGAAACUGAGGAGGAGCCACUGAAAAAUAAAUCUAAAAAGGUUUGCUGGAUUGUAAGCAACUGGAAUGAGAAUCAUGCACGAGUGAAAUAUUUUAAUGAACUUAAAAAGCACAUCGCUGUUGAGGCAUUUGGCAAUCAUUUUCAACGUACGCUUAGUAAAGAGGAGUAUACACAGACCAUGGAAAGCUGUAAGUUCUACCUUUCAUUUGAGAAUACACAUGAACGUUCAGACCACACAGCAAUUGACUACAUAACUGAGAAACUAUACAAUCCACUCCGUUUGGGAGCAGUACCUGUGGUUUUAGGGCCACCUAGACAUUCAUAUGAGAAGUUCAUACCCAAAGAUAGCUUCAUUCACGUGGAUGACUUCAAUAACCCAAAAGAGCUGGCGGACUAUUUAAACAUGCUGGAUCAGGAUGAAGAUAAGUAUCACCAGUUCUUCAGUUGGCAAAAGCACUUCAGAGUGACCAAAGUCAACUUUCCACUGGAGCACGCAUGCCGGGCAUGUCAGUAUAUCCAAAACAAGAAAAGCUUUCAAGUUUUCACUAAUCUCAACAAAUGGUACUGGGGAUAAGGACUAUUUAUUAUGAUAUUAUAACUGCUGAAGAAAUACUUUUACAGUUGCAAUAAGUCAUCCUAACACACACCCAAAUCCACACAACACCUAGAUUAUUGUGCUAUAAAUAUUUAUGAUCAGAAAAAUGUCUGUACAUUUUGGAAAUUAUUAUUUUUUUAAACGACAAACUUGUCACCAUUAAAGAUGUACAAAUGUAUUAGUAGCUGUACAAAUUUCAGGUCAGACGAGCGACUUUUUUUGAGAGUUGUAAAGAAUUUUUUUAUGAGAGUUGUAGAUCACACGGACGAGAGCGAGCGGGCACGGUGACUGAGUGACUGCCAAUGGGAGUGAAGGCAGCAUGAUGCACAUUGCUGAAACUUUAACCUCAACUGGAAUCAAAGAUGGCGGGCCAAACUCCGUAGACGAUAGUGUUUAUAUAAAUGUGAUUUGUUUGGCUUUUUUCCCCUUAGAUUUUUUUUAAAGAUACUGUACAAUCUAAAAACUCUGUUAUUGUAACAAAAUAAAUACAUCUGAGGUGAUUUGCAAGGCAUCUGCCAGCUAACUAUCUCAUCUUGGCACAUUCAUUCACAAUCCGUUUUUUCAGGAAUGAACUCAAUUGACACCUCUGUUUUAAAAUAUUAGUGGUAAACCUGUGCAUUUUUUAAAAUACACUGGGAUACUUUCAUCAGUGUUUUGUCUAUUUGUUGUUUAAACUUUGUUGUUAACUGUUUGAAACUGAUUUCCUGUUUCGUAUCUGCAACAUUGUGUAAAACUACACAGCUGGGCGAGUGCCAUCAAGUUUAGUUCUGUUUUCUAACGGCACCUCUAAAAAUAGACCCAACCAAAUUCCUUUAGCGGUUUAACUAUUUCACUGCUGAAACUGCACAGUUGGCCUCAGUAUGUUGCAUGUUGAGAAAGAAAAUGCAGGAAGUUAGAAUGCUCUAUCUAUGCGCUCUCAUGUUAUCAUUCACUGCUCACAGAUUUGUAAAUGUUAUCUCUGAUGAUAUUUAUCUUGGAAUAAACAGUGUAAACAGA